CCUAUGUCAUGACAAAAACCAUUAGACCAUUAAAAUAUAUUUUUGGAAAAUUCUAUUGAAUGCAAAGACAAUCUAACAAACUCCUGACUACAUUUAUUUUUUUUAUUUUUCCUUUCGGGGUCGGGAGAUUGCAUGUUAUUGAGAUCAUCAACCUACAGAUAUACCAUGCAAAGUGCAAAGCAGAAAAUAACACUUUGAUCAAAAGAGACUGAUACCCUUGCCCUUCUCCACCAAGACAUAAUGUGACAGAGAGAUGCUAAGAACUAAGAAAAAUUAGCAAGGCGAUUUGUGUUUCUUAGUUUGUUUUGUUGCUCUCAGUUCUUGUGUAAUGGAUUUAGCCCAUCAUUUUCCUGUUUUGAGUUCAUCUUCUUUUGAGAAAACCCCUAAAAAUUCUAAAAACCUAGAAACACUUUCUGCGAUGAAUGUUGAGAAAUUGAAUUCCUCUGUUCCUGGUUUGGCUGAAGCUGAUUCUAUUCAUGAUAAUUUGCUGGAUUAUUUGGAGUCUGUUACCAAAGAAGUGGAAAUUUAUUCUAGUGAUGACCCAACUGUGCAUCAAAUCAAAACCCCAACUAAGGAACUUCUCUAAUUCUGAAAAAGGAACUAGCCUCUAAAGAUUUAGGGGGUAAAGCUGGUUCAAAGGCUGUUCAACCUAAGUGGGUGGAUGCCGUAGUUCCUGUUACAGAUGCCUCAAAUCCAUCUCAUAUGUCUGUCUUACCACCCUCCACAAUGUCGUGAUUCGAAGGUUGUGGUCUGUCCCCCUCAAGAGGUGGUUGAUCUGGGUUCUGAGCUUUGGUCCGAUUGUGCGGUUGGGCAUUUCCUUGAAAAGGAAGUCCCCUUUUUUGUUGUACAGACCAUCGUUAAGAAGAUAUGGAAAAAUAUGGGAUCUAUGAGGUCCUAGCAAAUGAUCAAGGUUUUUUCUUCUUCAAAUUUGCUCAGGAUGGGGCGCAUAGAGCUGUAAUUGAAGCUGGACCCUGGCAUAUAGCCGGGAAACUUCUGAUUCUGAAACCUUGGCCCCCAAAUGGAACUAAGGAAAGGUUGAGUACCAUCCCUAUUUGGGUACAAUUUUCCAACGUGCCUCUGGAAUUGGACUGCUGAUGGGUUAAGCUACAUUACUAGUGCUCUUGGGAAGCCUCUAUGUGUAGAUGCUUUAACAGUGAAGGGUAAGAGGCUCAGCUUUGAAGGAUUUGUGCGAAAAUUAAUGUUGACUCUCCUUUAUUGGACACAGUGGAAGUAGAAUACACUAAUGGGGAUUCAGCUAUUAUCAAUGUUAAGUACCCAUGGAAGCCUUCUAGGUGUUCUAAAUGUCGUUUUUGGGCACUCUGAGGCUAGCCACACUGAAGCCAGUGCUCCUAAGGAUGUUAUGAAUUCUGCAAAUACUGAGAAAGAUACUCUGAAGGAGGCUGCUGUUGAUAUUCCUCAUGUUAUUUUGCCAUCUAUUCUUCCUUUUGAGGAGAUUGUUCAGAAUGCUAUGAUGGUCCAUGCUGUAGAGCAGGGUAAUUCUGGGGUUUUGAGGCAGGUAUCUCCUGUAAGGAAAUCUGGGUUCUCUGUUGAUAUUGGGAAGGAUAAUGUCAUGUCUCCUAAAGGUAAUACACUCAUUAUGACAGAUGUUAUAGUUUCUGAAAUUGUUGUUGGAAGCAGGGGGUUGAUUAAAAGCAACAGUUCCUCUCCUAAAACUAAGGCUAAGUCCAGCCUUUCUAACACUUUUGAUGUCCUCGAAUCCACUGUUCAUGAGGAUGGGCAACCUGUUAUGGAAAUGGAGAUGGAUCCCAUCCCCCCUUCUCCUGAAGAAUGUUCCAGCUUUGCUGUCCCUGUUCCUCUAGUCACUAAGAAGCCUAAAGGAAAAGGGAAAGGAGGUGGUGGUGGUGGUGAUGCUCCUUCCAAAAGCAAGGGAACGAGAUAAGUUUCUCUUCUCGUUCAAUGAUGAAAAUAGCUGCUUGGAAAAUUAGAGGGCUUAACAACCCUCUUAAACAAAAAGAAGUUUUUUCUUUUGUUCAGUCUCAAAGACUUAGUUUGUUUGGGGUUAUUGAAACCAAGGUUAGGAGGGAUUUUUUGGGACUCCACAGUUGCUCUUAAAUUCCUUGUCAUUGGUCUCAUGUUACAAAUGGGGAUAAUGAUGGUAAUCCCGCUAGAAUUAUCCUGGCUUGGGAUCCCUUAAUCCUGAGCACAAGUGGUCUUGCUAUUUCUCCACAGAUGAUUUUGGUUUUGGUUCGGGGGUUGGAGUGUCACAAGGAAUUUUAUGUUUCCAUCAUAUAUGGUGCUAAUGGGGUUCGAGAUAGAAGGAAACUUUGGGAUGAUCUCAGAUCUGCUAAUGUUUCCAUUGCUAAUGCUGCUUGGAUCCAAUUAGGUGACUAUAAUGUGGUUAGAAGACCAAAUGAACGGUUUGUUGGUUUUGAUCCUAAUGCUGCUAGUGACUUUAAUGCUUGUAUCUAUGAUAUUGAGGUGGAUGAUUUGCCUGCCAAAGGUUAUUGGUAUACCUGGCCCAAUAAAAGAGGAGGUGCAGGGGAUAACAAGAGUAAGCUAAACAGAGCUAUGGUGAAUUCUAAGUUGGUGGAGGAUUUUCCAGAUUCUGAAGCUAGUUUCCUUGCCCCAGGUGUGUCUGAUCACUGCAAAAUUCUGGUAACCAUUCUGAAUUCUGCAUCUAUGAGGAAGCCUUUUAAAUUUUUUCUGUUUUUGGAUGCUUCAUUCUACUUUUAGAGAUUUGUUGACUCAUUCUUGGACUGCCCGUGGACUGUCAAUCUCCUAUGCUGCUUCUUUGCCUUAACCUUAAGAGACUUAAACCUGUUUGAGAUCCUUAAAUAAGGAACACUACUCUAAUACAGUUUAAAAGUUGAGCAAGCCAGAUUCAGGUUACAUCAGGUGCAAGAGGCCUUUUUUACUCACCCCUAUGAUGCUGCCCAUUGUGAAGCUGAAAUGAGUGCUCUGAGUAGCUAUAUGGAAUUAAUUUUAGCUGAGGAAGGGUUUAAAAAGCAAAAGUCUAGAGUUAAAUGGAUUUCUCUUGGAGAUCAAAACACAAGAUUUUUCCAUCAAAAAUUGUCUAUGCAUACGAUUAAGAACAAGAUUCUGAUUCUGAGCUUGGUAACUGAUUCUGGAGUGAGAUUAGAGGACCCCAAGGACAUUCAAGAGGAAAUUGUUGGAUAUUACAAAGGCCUUUUGGGUUCUUCUUUCAGUUCCAAUGGGAACUUAAAAGCUGAGCUUAGGCAGGCAGCAGUUGCUAGGGUCCCUUCUGAAAUAAGUAUUGCUUUGAUUCAACCUGUUACUGAUUUGGAGAUAAAGAAUGUUAUGGUCUCUAUUAAUGGGGAUAAAGCCCCUGGUUAUAGCUCUUCAUUCUACCAUAAGAAUUGGGAUAUCGUAGGUCCUGAUGUUAUUCUGGCAGUUAAACAAUUUUUCAACUCUGGUUACUUGUUGAGAGAGUGGAACUCUUCAGAAUCCUCAGCUCCUAUUACUAUAAAAAGACUAUAGACCAAUAGCCUGCUGUAAUGUUACAUACAAAUGUAUCUCCAAGGUUCUCAUGGCCAGGCUGCAACCUCUGUUGCCUUCUCUCAUUCAACCUAAUCAAUCUGCCUUUCUUAAGGGGAGAUCUAUAGUGGAUAAUGUGUUGCUCAUGCAAGAAUUGGUUAGGGAUUACCACCAA